CAUUAUAGUCAUAAUCCACCUUCAAAAUUAUACGCAGAAGAAGGCGAAGGCAAAUCGUGUGCUCGACUGCUCGUACGCAUGAAACUCGGAUUAAAAAUCUUAAUUUGAGCCGAUUACAAUGCUUCCGUUGUCGCUAUUGAAGACCGCCCAGAACCAUCCAAUGCUGGUGGAGCUGAAAAAUGGCGAGACAUACAACGGCCACCUGGUCAGUUGUGACAACUGGAUGAACAUCAAUUUGAGAGAAGUCAUCUGCACCUCUCGGGAUGGUGACAAGUUCUGGCGGAUGCCCGAGUGCUACAUCAGAGGAAGCACCAUCAAGUAUCUGCGAAUCCCGGAUGAGAUCAUCGACAUGGUGAAGGAGGAGGUGGUGUCGAAGGGUCGAGGACGGGGAGGUGCUCAACAGAACAAACAGCAGGGCAAAGGAAGAGGAGGACCGGGUCGAGGUGUGUUUGGCGGUCGAGGCAGAGGAAUGAGCGGCCCAGGACGAGGUCAGCAGCAGCCGGAUAAGAAAGUUGGCAAAGCACAAGGGAUGAAGAACCAGCACUGACAUCGUCAUCGACACAAGAGCCUCUUCCUAAGUACACAAAUAGACAACCAACACUCAAAUAGUCAAGCUGAGAUAUGAUGCCCUGAAUUACUUUUCUCUCUACUGCCAGACAGAUGGUGAUUUCUUUUUUUUUUUUAAUCUUAUUUCAGUACAUCCCUCCCACCUGGCAGUAUGUUUAUUGAUAAAAGGUUCUGGUAAGAUGUGAUGCACUGGAAUAAACGUUUUGGUUUCUUUUUGUAUGUUAUCAGAUUGGCUUUCCAGCACAGCGUGACAACCUAAUUUGCAUACACAUUCAUGAACAUUUCCGUUCAAGCACUUGGGUGCAAAUUCUCCUUCUGUUAAAUCUGUGAUGUGCUACAAUGAUUGUUUUCCUUUUAUUUGUCGUUACAAAAGUAUGGUAAAUGAUGUUCUUGAGAACAUGGAAAUAAAGGAGCUUUUGUUUAAA